CUUCUUCGCGCGUCGUACCGAACGCACUGUGGCGUGUUUCCGCGGAGGAUUGUGGGAAAGAGUCUAUCUCCGGCCAAAAUGUCUGACAUGGAAGAUGAUUUCAUGUGCGAUGAUGAGGAGGAUUAUGACCUGGAGUAUUCAGAGGACAGCAACUCUGAACCGAAUGUUGAUUUGGAGAAUCAGUACUACAACUCCAAAGCGCUCAAAGAAGAUGAUCCUAAAGCAGCCCUGAGCAGCUUUCAGAAGGUCCUGGAACUGGAGGGAGAAAAGGGAGAAUGGGGUUUCAAAGCAUUGAAACAGAUGAUUAAGAUCAAUUUCAAACUAACAAAUUUUCCUGAAAUGAUGAACCGGUACAAACAGUUGUUGACGUACAUAAGAAGUGCUGUCACCAGAAAUUACUCUGAGAAAUCUAUCAACUCUAUUCUAGAUUAUAUUUCAACUUCUAAACAGAUGGACUUGCUACAGGAGUUUUAUGAAACCACUUUAGAAGCUUUAAAAGAUGCAAAAAAUGACAGACUUUGGUUUAAAACGAACACCAAGUUGGGAAAGUUGUACCUGGAAAGAGAAGAAUUUGGAAAGCUGCAGAAGAUUCUCAGACAGUUGCACCAGUCAUGUCAGACGGAUGACGGAGAGGAUGAUCUGAAAAAAGGCACACAGCUGCUGGAGAUCUACGCUUUGGAGAUCCAGAUGUAUACGGCACAGAAGAACAACAAAAAGCUGAAAGCCCUCUAUGAACAGUCAUUACACAUCAAAUCAGCUAUUCCACAUCCGCUCAUAAUGGGGGUCAUCAGAGAAUGUGGCGGAAAAAUGCAUUUGAGGGAGGGCGAAUUUGAGAAGGCGCAUACUGAUUUUUUCGAGGCUUUCAAGAACUACGAUGAGUCAGGAAGCCCCAGACGAACCACUUGCCUGAAGUACUUGGUCUUGGCUAAUAUGCUAAUGAAGUCUGGAAUCAAUCCGUUUGAUUCUCAAGAGGCAAAACCUUACAAAAAUGACCCAGAAAUCUUAGCAAUGACAAACCUGGUAAGUGCCUACCAGAAUAAUGACAUCACAGAAUUUGAGAAAAUCUUAAAGACAAAUCACAGCAACAUAAUGGAUGAUCCCUUCAUCAGAGAACAUAUUGAGGAAUUGUUAAGAAACAUAAGAACACAAGUUCUCAUCAAAUUGAUUAAGCCUUACACUCGGAUACACAUACCUUUUAUUUCAAAGGAACUGAACAUUGAUGUCGCAGAUGUGGAAAGUUUGCUUGUGCAGUGCAUUCUAGAUAACACAAUCGAUGGUAGAAUUGACCAGGUUAACCAGCUAUUGGAGCUUGAUCACCAGAAGAGAGGCGGAGCCCGAUACACCGCUCUGGACAAAUGGACCAAUCAGCUGAACUCUCUCAACCAGGCCAUUGUUAGCAAACUGGCUUGAUUUGACAUUGACGAUUUAGGAAAACAAGUUCAUCCAUCAGGCAGCAUGUUGACUGAAAGCUGUCAGUGACGUUAACAACUUCAAGCCUUUAUUUCCCCAUCAGUGAUUGACGUGAAUGGGGAGCUUUAUUUGGCUAGUUUGUUUUUUUACAGCUGUAGUCACUUUUAAAUAUCUUUAAUAAAGCAGGGCGUCCUAUAGGACGUCUGCUCUACUGGAUUGUUCAAGUCUUUAUUAUGAAAAUGUUCUCAAUGUGGUCACAUCUUCUAGAACAGUUACUUUAACAGCACAUAUUGGCACUUGAUUAUAAUACAUUUAAACUGCAUAUGUUGGUCUUUAAUAGGAGUUUUGAGGACAUGCUGUGUGAAAUUGAGCGUUAACCUGUAAAAACUAUUUCUGUCACGGUUGGCAUGUUUUAUGUUUUGCAUAAAGUUCAGGUGAUGAGUUUUAUGUAGACGCACAGCAGCACAAUCGUACUAUAAAUUGCAGUCGUUGCUAGAAUGCGAAACAUUACAGAUCUGUUUAAAAUGUAAUGUUGUCAGAGCUAUUCUGUUUCACUUUUGAACAAUUAAAGUUGCAUCUGGUGCUUCA